AUGUCGGGCGUCAAGACCAUCCUCAUCCCUUGCGCCCCCAUCAACACGCCCCAUCUCCCCACUGGCACUACAGAAAUCCCCAUCGCACCAUUGGGCCUUGUUUCAGGCCACCCGAUACUAUGGUUCUACGCUUUUGAAGGAGUUCUUGAUGAGGCAAGGUUGGUGAGAGCUAUUGGGCUGCUUACGAGUGUUUGGCCUACUCUGGCGGGAAGGUAUCAGCGGGAGGUUGGGGGAGAUGGUGAGGUUGCUUUCUCGAUCAGACUCUGCGCAUCCCCCAUUCCCUUCGAGACUCAAAGUAUCGAGCGCGACCAAGCUUUUCCCGAUAAACGCUUCAUUCAACCUACCGAAGACAACCCCUACAUCCCAACCCUCCCAACCAACUUUCGUACUCUCAACUCCGAGUCGCAUCUCUUCUCCGUCCGUCUCACUACACUCCUUCCCAGCGGCAUGUCGGUCUUGGGGUUCCAAAUGUCUCACCUGGCUCAAGAUAGCGAGUCGGGCUUGAGAGUGCUCUUGCUUUUGGAAGCUUUGUAUCUACGGGGACAAGACGCGCUGGAUAGUAUCCCACCCAACGCCGCGUACGCCUUACCAACCUUCUUCCCCGACGUCGGUCCUCUCCCCAUGUAUGUGCCUUCCCAGAAUCAGGGUGAAAUCGUCCCAAGUCAGCCGAGCGCUGCGGCUUUACAAGCCUACUUGGAUGCGAAAAAAGACUUGUCGAUGGUCUUUGUCCAGCUGAGCAUGUGGGAAGUGAACAUUCUGAAAGCUCAGUACCAGCAAGAUGUCGGGGUUUACCUUUCUGAUCAGGAUGUUAUCUCAGCUUGGUGGAUCGAUCUGCUAAGACGGGUGGGUGUGGACGUGCAAACAGUCAUCUAUGUCCUCAAUUAUCGGAGAUGGUGUAUAGGCCAUCCUUCAUUCCCGCCCUCAUUACCGACCCUCAGUGGUACCGCCUCUCUCACCCGCCCUAUCAAUAUUUCGUCUCAGAAUUCACCGGCGCGAGUUGCAACGGCUAUCCGAGAGCACGUCGUCCAGCUUCGGUCAUCGCCAGAUAAAGUGCUGGAAUGGAUCAGUGAUGGUGCUUAUCACUUCCGCCAAGCUGCAGUCGAGGAGAAGACGCCUGCUUUGAUGCCGGAAGGACAGGUCAAGAUCAACUCGAGUAUCCGCUCAUACUGGCCUCUGUUUGGAUUCAAAGAACACGAAGUCAGCUAUCAUACGCCAUUCACCGCCCCGAGGGUUCUUCGAGUCUUCCUCGCCAACCCGGCGAAGCAUGGCGAGGCGAGAGGAGAGAGACUUGAGCUCUACUUUGAUGUGAGCAAGGAGGAUGUGGAUAAGGUUGAGAGGCUUGUUGAGAGGGAUAAGGCCGGGUGGAAGAUGAAAGUGGCUGGCAUGGCAGGGGCGAGAUUAUAG